AUGUCGGUGGUUGCGCUGAAGAAUGCUGUUGUGGGGAUUAUCUCGUCGAGGAAAGAGAAUUCUCCUUUAUUGACUAAUGACAAUAGCUCAUCGGCUUCGAGAGAGUUUUAUGGCACCAAUGCGGACUUAGAGUCUGGUAGACCGGAUCCUGCCAAUUUGAACCGCAGCAGUAGCAGUACGGAAAGUGGUAAGCAGAGUUCAGACGCUGACCGGAAUAAUUCCUCUCGGAGUAAGCGUUCGGAGAGCGGAUGGUUUAAUUCCGUAGACCCUCGAGUGAUCAGUGAUAUGAUCAUCGGGCUAAGUGAUGGCCUAACGGUGCCUUUUGCUUUGACAGCAGGGCUGUCCAGCUUGGGAGACAGCAAAUUGGUGAUAACUGGUGGGAUUGCUGAGCUGAUCUCCGGGGCUAUCUCGAUGGGCCUUGGUGGUUAUUUAGGGGCCAAGAGUGAAAGUGAUUAUUACCAUGCUGAGGUGAAACAGGAGAAGAGAAAAUUCUACGAUAACACGGCUCUGAUAAAUCACGAAAUAGAAGACAUUCUAUUAGAGAUCAACCCAAAUUUCUCAGAUGAGACCAUUGUCUCCUUUAUCAAGGAUUUGCAAAAAACUCCAGAACUCAUGGUCGAUUUUAUCGUUCGAUAUGGUAGAGGCCUAGACGAACCUGCAGAAAAUAGACAGUCCGUUAGCGCAGCCACCAUCGGUGGUGGUUAUUUCGUCGGCGGGUUGGUGCCAUUACUUCCAUAUUUCUUCGUCAGCGAAGUUGGUACAGGUUUGAUAUGGUCCAUAGUGAUCAUGGCGAUCACUUUAUUCUGGUUCGGUUACUUCAAGACUCAGGUUUCAAUGAGCAAUAACUGUACGCUACAGAAAAAGAUAAGUGAGGGGUUUCAAAUGGUUGCCGUCGGCGGGAUUGCGGCCGGUUCUGCUUGGUUCUUCGUGCGGAUCCUGGGUUAG